UAUGCUCUCAUAUCCGCAUACUUCCUGCUAUAAGUUGUAAAAUAGGGAGGUCUCUGGUGUGUGUGGCAGGAACGAAUUUCAGGGGGAUUUAGACUUUUUCUGUGAUCAUGUCAUUGUCAUCAGGGUUUAAAGGUUCCCCCACGGGGACACCUGCAGUGAUCAUUGAUGGUGGUACAGGGUACACUAAAAUGGGAUAUGCCGGUAACACUGAGCCACAGUUCAUCAUUCCGUCAGCCAUUGCUGUAAAAGAAACUGCUUCAGUGGGAAGUCGACAAGUCAAGGGUGUGGAAGAUCUAGAUUUUUAUAUUGGGGAUGAAGCUGUUAAUGCAACUGGUUAUGCUGUUAAGUGGCCUAUAAGACAUGGUAUAGUAGAAGACUGGGAUUUAAUGGAAAGGUUCUUAGAGCAGGCAAUUUUCAAAUAUCUAAGAUCUGAGCCUGAAGAUCAUUACUUUUUGUUGACUGAACCACCACUGAACACGCCAGAGAACCGCGAGUACACAGCAGAAAUCAUGUUUGAAUCCUUUAACGUUCCUGGUUUGUACAUCGCCGUGCAGGCCGUAUUGGCGCUGGCUGCAUCGUGGACGUCACGUCAAGUGGGAGAGAGGACCCUCACGGGAACUGUGAUAGACUCUGGUGAUGGUGUCACUCACGUCAUUCCUGUUGCUGAAGGGUAUGUGAUAGGAAGCUGUAUAAAGCACAUCCCUAUUGCUGGGAGAGACAUCACCUAUUUCAUUCAACAACUGCUGAGAGAAAGGGAAGUGGGAAUUCCCCCCGAACAGUCCUUAGAAACUGCCAAAGCUAUCAAGGAAAAAUAUUCAUAUGUGUGUCCUGAUAUUGCUAAAGAAUUUGCCAAAUAUGACCAAGAUCCGGGCAAAUGGAUGAAGAAAUACGAGAGUCUCAACUAUAUCUCUAAGCAGCCAUUUUCUGUUGAUGUUGGAUACGAACGCUUUUUGGGUCCAGAAAUCUUCUUUCAUCCUGAGUUUUGCAAUCCCGACUUUAUCACACCUAUAUCAGAAGUGGUGGAUACUGUUAUACAGCAUUGUCCCAUAGACACUCGUAGAGGAUUGUAUAAGAACAUAGUGUUGUCAGGAGGUUCAACCAUGUUUAAAGACUUUGGAAGGAAAAUUCAGCGUGAUGUAAAGAAAGUUGUGGAUGCUCGAUUGAGAAUCAGUGAAGAACUAAGUCAAGGGAGAAUCAAGCCUAAGCCAAUUGAUGUGCAGGUGAUAACCCAUCAUAUGCAGAGAUACGCCGUGUGGUUUGGUGGAAGUAUGCUGGCAUCAACACCUGAAUUUUAUCAAGUUUGUCAUACGAAGGCUGAUUAUGAUGAACAUGGACCUAGCAUUUGUCGUCACAAUCCUGUGUUUGGUACAAUGUCCUAGUGGUGGAGGGGUAACCACCUAUUGUAUGUUCAGAGAAAAUGAUGGAAAGAAGAAAAUCAGUGGCUUCCAAACAAAACUGAACACACUAACUUGAUUUGGUCAAAAAACUUGUAGAUUAAUUAUGUCUCAAUUUAAACGGUAAACAGCAUAUAAUUUAAUAUGCUGCAAAGAUACAUUUCUUCAUAUGGGUUUAAAACGGUCAGUCAGAAUUAAAGAAACUUUGUGAUAUUAAGAAUAAGUUGUUCACUGAUAUUAGUAUAGAAAUGAACAAAAUCAUGUACAGUGUCACAAUGAAAUUGUUAAGUACAGAGUAUUAUGUAUGUAUAUGCUUAUAGGAGCCAAGUAAAAGUUUUUAUAUCAUUUAUUUUCAAAUUCAUAAAAGUAUUUAUCAUUCAAUGAAAUGUUUAUAUGACAUGACAUGUAUAUGAAACAAUAAAUAUUACAGAAAAACACUGUAA